AUGACUUACGCCGUGGCGCAAACGGCGGCGGCUGGUGUGGCUGCCAGCACGGCGGUGGCCCCGCAAAGCCUUUACGAGGAGCACGAGCGACUGGUGAAGACAAUCCAGAACUUGGAGCUUAAGACGAUGAUAUGCAAGACGGAAACCCACCACCUGCAGAAGGAGGAAACCGCAGCGAAACAGGAGGUGCAGCGCAUUCAGGCGGUUCCUCUCCUUCUCGGGACUUUUGUAGAGGCGGUGGAUGCGGGGCGCGGGAUUGUUGGCGGGGCCUCCAGCAGCAAUUAUUAUGUACGCAUCCUUAGUACGCUUGACAAGGAGCGACUGAAGCCCGGGGCGAGUGUGGGACUGCAUAAGGGCAGCAAUGCCUGCGUGCAACUUCUCCCAAACGAGACGGACUCCACAAUUCACCUCUUGCAAAAGGAGGAGAAGCCAAGCGUGACGUACAGUGAUGUGGGUGGACUUGACAUGCAGAAGCAGGAGAUACGCGAGGCGGUGGAAUUGCCGCUGACACAUGCCUCUCUGUAUGACCAGAUUGGAAUUGACCCACCGCGUGGUGUGUUGUUGUACGGUCCGCCUGGCACAGGCAAGACAAUGCUGGUGAAAGCGGUGGCGCAUCACACAAAAGCCUCCUUCAUCACUGUGGCGGGCUCUGAGUUUGUGCAGAAGUAUCUCGGCGAGGGGCCGCGGAAGGUGCGUGACUUGUUUCGUCUUGCCCGCGAGAAUGCGCCUUCUAUUAUUUUUAUUGAUGAAGUCGACAGCAUCGCAACGAAGCGCUUUGAUGCACAGACAGGUGCAGAUCGUGAGGUGCAGCGUGUUUUGGUGGAGCUGCUGACGCAAAUGGAUGGCUUUGACCAGACGACGAAUGUGAAGGUUAUCAUGGCAACAAAUCGCUGGGACACGCUGGACCCGGCGCUGCUGCGACCCGGGCGGCUGGACCGCAAAAUUGAGUUCCCGUUUCCCGACAGACGCCAGAAGCGACUUGUGUUUCAGGUCUGCACAGGCAAAAUGAAUUUGUCGCCCGAGGUGGAUCUUGAAGAGUUUGUUACACGACCGGAGAAGCUCAGCGGGGCGGACAUUCAAGCCAUAUGCCAGGAGGCAGGCAUGCUUGCGGUGCGGAAAAACCGUUACGUUGUGUUGCCCAAGGAUCUGGAGGGUGCCUACCGUACUGUCAUUCGAAAGACGGGGGAUGAGCGGUACGACUUUUACUCAUAG